UCUCCGUCACAAGCCCACGGCCCGUCAUUGCCGCCAUUUUGCUCUGUAUACAGAGCUGAAAAAAUCCAUAUGCUACUCUUCAUAGGCUCCCCUCGUUUUCUCUCUCUUCCGAAACUCAUUUUCAUUCCCAAAACUAUCUUACUCUCAGUCUCUGCAUCAAAAAUGGAGUUGGAAUCACCAACUACGUUGAUCUUAUGCGGAAAAUCAAGUACAGAGAACGAAUUAGCCAUGUUGUUGAAGACCAAUAACACGUUAAAACUCCCAGAGAAUGCUUCGAUAAAUGUUGUUUUGCAUUCGGAGAAUGAAAAACAAGAGAGCUUUCAAAAGGAUGCGUUUCAGAUAGAUUCAUAUAUGAAUUCUCUUUCAACUUCUCGUUUCGGAAAAUUCCUCAUUUACUCUCCCAAAUUAGCGUCUACACACGAUGUUGUUUCCCAUAAUUUUUGCGAGCUGCCGUUAGGCGCAGUAUGUGUUGCUGAUGUGCAGCUCAAAGGCAGAGGUCGGUCAAAGAAUGUGUGGGAGUCACCGAAGGGAUGCCUAAUGUUUUCAUUUACCUUACAAAUGGAAGAUGGUCGAGUGGUGCCACUUGUGCAGUAUGUUGUGUGUCUGGCAAUGGCUGAGGCAAUUAAUGACGUUUGUCUUCGAAAUGGUAUACCACCUCCCAAUGUUAGAAUAAAGUGGCCAAAUGAUCUGUAUUUAGAUGGUCUUAAAGUGGGAGGCAUUUUGUGCACAUCAACAUAUAGAUCAAAGAAGUUCAGUGUCAGUGCUGGAAUUGGCUUGAAUGUUAGUAAUGAGAAACCAACAACAUGCUUGAAUGCAAUUAUACAAAGAUUAACCUCUGUUGUUUAUCAACUACAACGAGAAGAUAUUGUGGCAGCUUUCUUCAAUAAAUUUGAGAACUAUUACGAUAUUUUCAUAUGUCAAGGAUUUCAAGCACUUGAGGAAUUGUACUACAAGACAUGGCUGCACAGUGGACAGAGAGUUAUAGUACAGGAGAAGAAUGAAAAUCAGGAUCAAAUUUCAGAGAAUGUAGUCACCAUCCAGGGUAUAACAACUUCUGGGUAUUUAUUAGCUGUCACUGAAGAUGGUCAAGCAUGCGAGCUCCAUCCAGAUGGAAAUAGUUUUGAUUUCUUUAAAGGACUUGUGAGGAGAAAACUGGUCUGAAGAUUUAUUCGUUGCUUCUACUGGAUAAAACAAAAGGGCUAUCAACUUUACCUCGUGAAUUUGUGAGGAUACUUUCUUAUUGUCCUUUCCCAGUUUUGCCUAACUAUGCUGUUAAAUUUUCUUCAGCAAAAGAUAUGCUCUAGAUGUAGUUAAGUUUUUUAGUAAUGUUAUAGUAAGAUUUCUCAGGAUAAUGUACCCAGAUUGCUGUUCAAUAUUGUCGCAUUAUAAUCUAAUAUUGAGAUUGUACAAUUUGAGUGUAAUGACAUGUUUAUUUUCUAGAAUAAGCAAAGCCCAUUAUGACCUAA